CCAAUUUUACUCUCAAGUCCUUGACAACCGGGCAAUCAAUUGUGUUUCUAGGGAAACGAGGUUGACGGCUUCACAAACCCAGCCCAUCAACGACGACCAGAUGGCAGCCUCGAUUUCAAUCCCGUAGCCUCACUCGCUUCUCUUUCCUGCUCUCCUUCUCUGUUGUUCACGUGUUCUCGUUCCCUCUUUCGUUCCUUCCUUCGUUCCUCUUUCGUUCCUUCCUUUCUUCACACCUGCUGCUUUCAGUUCAGUCGAAGGGCUCCGGGUUGAGGGAGAAAGUGAGGUGUCCCUUGCCUCCUUUUCGUUUGAGUUCGCUCCAUCCACGUUCCAAGUCUCCAACAGCUCCACUGGGACAUCCUGCGCGUCGACCUUGAAGGCCACUGCUCCUCAUCCAUCCUGUGCGCACAAGAACGGAUUCGACGAUCAGAAGGAGAAAAGGUGGAGAAAGUGAAGGAACUCAUUUCCCCCUCUCCGAUGAAGAGAUUCGGAUUUAUGACCAAAAGUGCGGUGUACAAAGAAGAGCCUACCAAUGGAACAAAAGUCUCUUGAACCGUUCCAUGUUCCACCAAAAUCGGCUUUCACUUGAACGAAGGUCGUUGCCAACGAAUGAUGAUGAAGAUCCAACCUCUAGGGAAUGUCGUUUGAAAGGCCGUCCCUCUCUGCCAAAGUAUGACCUCCACAUCCUGCUGAUUUCAGAGUCUUUGGGGAACAGGCUAUUUCCAUUUCAUCCCUCCCAUUCACUUUCAUCUGGUUAAUGGAAGCACAUCUCCAAAUUAAAGGCCUGACUCGUUCAAUUGACCAUUCAUCGAGAAUCCCAUUGGAAUGUGUCCAGAGGUCAGCAUUAGUGUCGUCGAGCCCAACGAGCAAAAUGUCGUGACCUCAUCGAGCAGUCGGAUCAAUGGCGAAGGACCCUCGUCCACUCACAAUCUGGGCGUAUCCAUGGUGGGGCGACCCUCAACAUCCUCCGUACUCAUGGGCGGCUCGCUUGCCCCGCCUAAUCCAAUAUUUGGGGCCUCGGCCCUGGCUGCGGCCUCGGGCCCGGCUCUUCAGCCUUCCAUGAUCGCGGGAUCGGUACCCGGGCCGGGUUUGAGUGUGCUUCCAAUUCAGAAGGAAUCCCGAUUCGACGAAGACGUCAACUUAUCUUUGAUCAAAGUCGUGGUCUUGGGAGCCCAUGGAGUGGGAAAAUCCUCUCUUGUCAAGCGUUUCGUGACCAACGACUUCCCGACGCAACAUAUUGUUUCGAAGAAGAAAAGCGAGUACUUCCCCUCGUUAAUCCUCAACGACAGCUUGUUUGAGCUGAAAAUUUUAGACCUCCCCACCAUCCCGUUCUUUCCUGAUAAUUCGGAAGUGGAAUGGAGCGAAUACCGCUAUUUCGGCCUCCGCUCAGCCUCCGCCUAUUUGCUCGUGUACGACGCGAGCACGCCUUCCACAUUCCACUUCAUCAAGGCCUUGCGCGAGCAGAUGAUCCAUUCCCGUGAUAUGACCAAUGUACCUGUGAUCGUGGCCGCCAACAAGAUGGACCUGGUCCAGAAAGUGACGCCAACUGUGCCCGCCAGCCGUUCCACGGAUCAGUCUGAGAAGGAUCGGAAGGAGAUGGUGAACAUGGUGAAGAAAUCUUGGCGGGCCUCGCACGUCGAGUGUAGCGCCAAGUACAAUUGGAACGUGGUCAAUGUGUUCAAGGAGCUGGCUGUGACGUUGGACAUGGUCGCCAAUGGUCAAAUGAUUGGCCCAGGGAGUCAAGGAUCGGUGAAGAAGAAGCGCUGUCUGAUGUUCUGAUAGCCAGGGACUGACGGAGAGCCACUCAUUCUGCCUCUCUCGUGCUUUGGACCUCUCUCAAAAUGGACGUAUCAGACUUGGAAUGGUCGCUCACUGCAACAUGGGGAGUUCCCAAUCAGUUCACGCCGCGACUCAAGCAGGUCUUUAUUCAAAACGGUCACCAUGGAACAUGUGAUUCAUAAACGAAUGUUUCAAACGGCUGCGUCUUCCCAGACCAAUGAUAAUGAUUAGUGAAAUACCAAUGCCAUUGGGAAUUGAUCCAAAUGUCUUUCUUCAUACGAAAAAAAAACCUACUCAUGGUUGACGCAAUGCCUAAGGAUUUUUUAAAAAAAAUGUUUUCAUUUUGAUUUUUACAAUAUUGGCCAUUGGCACAAAUGACCUCAACAAUUUCUGAUUUGGACUUUCAAUUACAGUAAAUAUCCUUUGUUCAAUCAGUGCAGAGGGACACUGGUUUCGAUGUCAUUCAUAUCACUUAACAAUUGCCAAAAUUCAAAUCGAACUUUCUUAAUCCAACUACAACAAAAACAUCAAUCAACGAUUUCAUUUGGUCAGCCCCGUAUCUUUCUCAUUCCCUACUUACCUUAAUAUUACCAAUUUCAGACACUGCACAACGAAUGACAUUUCCUUUAGGCCUAAAAAACAAUUGAAUACAGUGUAAUGACAAUGACCCUGAAUUAUUCGCCAAUGGCUGU